AUGAUCGACGACACCCUGGUGGACCAUGAGCUCUUUGGCGGGGCUGUGGGCUGUUCGUUCCCGCAGCGCUUCAUAGAUAUCUCCCAGUUCAGGCCCGUGCCAGACCACCAAGAGGUGUUCUCCGAUGCCAGCCUGGACCAAUCACUGGUCAUCGAAAUUGUGGUCGACGAGCAGCGUGUGCUGACACCCCAGGACAUGCCCCGCCUGCCACCAGACUGCUUCAAGGCGCUGGUCGUGGGCCAGCAGGCGGUGGCCAAGGGACAGCAGGGCAGCAGCGCGCUGAACAAAGUGCAGAUCAUCCUGUGCUGCGUCCGGCUACCGCAGCACGGCAGCGACCUGCUGAUCACCCUCAACUCUCCGAUCUUCAUCAGCGAAAAGAGCGCAGCAGCGCAGCAUGCAGGUGCGGGCUUCAAGGGCGCGCACCUCCUGGCGCCGCUGCUCUUCAAGCAGAUCAUCGCCUCGUUUCGAAUCAACAACUGGGGGCUGUUUGGCGGCCGACCAGCACCGCAGUAG